GAAGGAAAGAGGGAUUAGGGUUUCUCUUUUUUGUGUGUGUAGACAAUUUCAAAUUACAUUCAGAAAGAACAAGAGAGAGUUGAAUUUGGGAAGCAAAGAUGAGUGGCGAAGAUGAUUCAAUCGAGCAAGCUGUUACCUCCCGUCGCGAAAGACUCUUAGCUCUCAGAACCGCUCAAGAAUUGUUACUUUCUUCCAAUCCCGAAUCUGCCGAUACUAAUCAACACGAAGAACCUCAACCACCAUCUACUGGUUCCGAAGAUGAUGAAGAACAAGACCAAGACGGAGAGGAAAAACUGAGCAUGAAGUUUCGUAACUAUGUUCCUCAUGAUAAAGAUCUUCAGGAAGGGAAGCUUGCACCUGCCGUGCUUCCGAAGUUUGAAGAUCCUGUUUCUGUUCCUGAGCCUGAGCCUCAACCUACUGAGGAUCCGUUUCUCAAUAUUGCUCCUAAAAAACCCAACUGGGACUUGCGUAGAGAUGUCCAGAAGAAGCUUGAUAAGCUUGAGAAGCGAACUCAGAAGGCUCUCUAUCAACUCAUGUUGGAACAAGAGAAGCAAAAUGAGUUGGCCGAAGGAGAUAAUAAUGAUACAAACGGUGUCAAAGAUUAGGGUGUGGUGUUGCAGCAGUAACGAUAUAUUAUUGCGGUAUUUUGAGAAUACUUAUCCCAUUCAGGCUUCUAAACAUGAAUUAAAAUUAAAACCAGAUACGUAUCUUGUUGCAAAUUCUCAGCAAAUGGUGAAUAUCUUUUAUUGG